UCUCCUGACAUAAAUAUUGCCAAAAUUAUUGCUUUAAGAAAAAUUUUUCGUUACAUCGAGGUUGUAACUUGCUUACGUUUUGUAUAUAGAAGAACAGAGGAUAAUUAUAUUUAUAUACAGGAAGGAGAAGGAUGUAAUUCCUACGUUGGGAAACGGGGUGGACGUCAGAUUCUUAAUUUAAGAAGUAAAUGUUUAAAUUUCGGAACAAUAUUUCACGAAUUAGGCCACGUUAUUGGCUUCUAUCACGAACAUAAUCGACUGAAUCGUGAUAAAUAUAUUAAAAUUUUAUGGGAUAAUAUUAAAGAAGAUUUUAAGACGGAUUUUCGGGUGUACAAUGAGAACUUCUUGAGAAUAUGUGACCAUUAUAGUUAUGAUAGCAUUAUGCAUUAUGGUCCUAAAUCCUUCGCUAAAGAUGGUAAAGUAAGUUUCGAGCCAACUCUUCCAAAUGUUACCAUUAAAGAAAUUUACGAACGGAUAUUUUUCUCAGAAUCGGACAUUAAAUGUAUUAACAAGUUAUACAAAUGCGAAUAAAUUCUGAUGUAAAUAUAUAAAUAAAAUUUAGUUCAUU